AUGCUCUGGUUUGGUCCUGUCGGGACCGUGUGCCGUACCGUUCUUCGUCGAUGUGACGGCAUGUCGAAUUUUGGAAGAGAGAACAAAAGGGACGACAUAUCCGUCUUGCCUAAGAUGGUAGCUAGUUGCCAUGAAGACAUGAAGAAGGCUGUGGAACAGAUUGAUCCUAUUCAAGAUACAGCUAUGGUUGUGGAGCAAUACAAGUUCGCCUUUUCUUCCAACGAAUUGUUUUAUUUUGUUUUUCAUUCUCAUUGUGACUAG